AUGGAUAGUAUGUCAAGACCAUUCAGCUCGCCGAUCCCUUUAACUGCGGAGGAGGAGGAGAGCAAGCAGGGAACUUGCAGGGAGGGCGCGGGAACUCCGAUGGACUUUUCCUCUCAGUACCAGUACGGCACCGCCGCCGGCGCGCAAGCGUACGACUUCAUGCCGCCGGUGCAGCCCUUGACGCCAUCACAAUCUACUUCGACUGGUUCCGAUGAUUUUGGGCACACAUCACCGCCUGAAGGCUUCGACGCCGCUGCCCUCACCGGCGGCGAUGACUUUGGCCGCUACGACUACGGCGCCACUGGUCUCACACCCCGCGGCCUCCACGCCGCCUUUCCCGAUCCUCCCACGCUGCCUCCGAACCUCGUCGGCCAGCAGCAGCACAGCCCAGGCGACAAGGGACAGUCGGACGACGAAGACAUGACGCCCGCGCAGUCGCGCCGCAAAGCCCAAAACCGAGCAGCGCAACGGGCGUUUCGGGAGCGCAAGGAAAAACACGUCAAGGACCUCGAGACCAAACUCGCUGGUCUCGAGGCCGCGCAGCAGCACGUGGCGACGGAAAACGAGCGUCUACGACGGGACCUCGACAAGGUGUCGACGGAAAACGAGAUUCUCCGCGCCACCGCCUACCUGAUCCCUCCCACGUCGGCCUCGUCUCUCCAGGCGAACAACAACGGCCCCGUCACCACCACCGGCCCGACGGAAUACCACCCGACCGACUUUUACGCACAGGUCCUCCAGGGACACGCCAGCUCCUCGGCGCCCCUGCACCGCAUCGUCAUUGGCGACGACGGGGGGCGGCUGCUCGCCGCCGGGGCGACGUGGGACUGCAUCGUCUCGCACAAGCUGUUUCGGCGCGGGCUGGUGGACGUCGGCUGCGUGAGCGAGAGGCUGCGCGCGGCGGUGCGGUGUGACGGCCAGGGACCCGUGUUUCCGGAGGCGGCCAUUCGGGAGGCGAUUGAGCAGAGCGUGGCUAGCGGGUCGGACGAUUUGCUAUGA